GGCUGCGGCGAUGGUCUUUAAUCAGAUGUCGUUUUCCGAAUUGGGUUUGUUCUUCUAGGCGUUAUUUUACAGUCCGGCCACGUCCAACCCACUUCAGUACCAUCUGGUUAUCCUCUUCCUCUCUCGGUGUGUAUUAAAUGCUAUCAGUCGCUGCCGAAUGCCUUUAACGGCCUUUCCUUUCCUACGCUGCCUUCGACAAAGAUACAGCGAUGUGCCCUUUCUCAUCAUAAGCCCUUGCCCCCGGACUCUCUCUCUUGGAGGCCGCGUUCUCGAAAGAACAGCACGUUUUGCUUAUCCCUUAUGUAUACUUCCCAUGGCGGCAAGCCGGCGCCGUCAGCCUUACUCCGAUUCGCCGGCCACGAUACCUGCUCAGCAUAACCAGCGUCACCCACUAGAAAAUGUAAGGCGAUAGUAUCGUCGUCACCAACAGCUCGAAUACAACCAGUAUUACCGCGACUUCUUUCACGAUGCCUAGGACGUAACGGUUGAGGUCAAAUCUUUGUCGCCAAAUUGUGUGGCUUGAGCCAUAACAGGUUCGUUUGUGCUUUCGACCUGACGCGCGGGAACACCAUUGUUUCCACAUGUUUUUCGAAAGCAUCGUGUUAGUUAUUUGUCAUGGACUCGUGUAGGUUAACAGGUGAAGGACCGCAUAGCCUGUUAUCCCUUAACGAGGCUGAAGGAAGGGAAGAACUUGUUCAAGCAGGUUAGGGAAAAAAAGGUCAAAAGAGAAUAAUGCCAGGAUGGUCGAGGAAGAACAUUCGGAUGGCUAGAUGCAGUUGCUGCAGGACAAACUACAGGAUCAUGAAGAUUUGUCGCAGCGCUUUUCCGACCAAUAUGGUGCACAGACCUAUGAUAUCAGUACGAUUGCAUAGAUCGAUCUGUCUACAUGAGUCUGGACUGCAUAAGCAGUCUUGAGGCUUCAACAUUUCUGGACAAACCAGUAAACGCUGAUGCCGGCGUAACAGCCACGCGGUUACGGUUAGCCCGGUACGAGGGGAGAGGAAUGUGAGAAAGUUAAUUACUUCAAGGAUUGUCGCCGAGAACUUACCCACGCAUGCGGGUAUCACUCUACGAGUAGCGUCAGUAAACUGUUUAGGCAAAAGUAUGCCAUCACCAGAGAAGUCCACCGAUAAGGAUGCGAUGACAGUGGACUUCGAACACUCUGCAAAUGAAGAGACCGUGACACCAGUUAAAGAAGCAGACAGCGAGAGCGCAGUGAACUCCGUAAACUCUGUAUGUCCAAUUGGAGCAUCAGCAGUUACAACAAAGCUGACUAGCCCAGACGUUAGCCGAGCAGUGAGACCCAAGUGUCCGGAGAGCAAAUCGAAGGCGAAAUCGCUUACAUCGACGAAUAAUAUUGCUAGCAAUAUGUUGGCCGACUGUAGAAAAAAGCCACCACAUUCAAAGUGCGCAGUUACAAUGCACGCAACAGUAGCAGCAUCAAAACAGGAUAACGCAGAAAAUAAUUCUGCAUCUAUCAACAACAAAGUGGGAAAACCAGCAACCGUGGAUAGUAUUAACGUUGUCGUUAACAACAAAGCGGAGAAAUCGGUUAGUACUUCAGAUAAUAAUCAUCAGGACGACCAGGUGAGCAGCUCAUUAAGUCCGGAUACGAAUCCCAACAGCAGUGUUGAAAAAUGCAUCACUCCCAACAGUGGUAAAGUGCCGCGGAAAUUAGUGAGCCCAGAUCUGUUGUCAGGAUCAGCUGAGAAAUCUCAAAGACCGGCCGCGUCUGCCAGCCAUAGUGUUUCUGUGGCAAAGCCGGCAACCUCCGAGGUCGCAGUGAACACUCAUAUUAAAUCGGAGGUCCAAGUGAAUAAAUGUGGUAGCCCCGAAAAUGACGGAGAGGAAAAAUCGCAUAGUUAUUCAGGGACGCUUUCAGUGCCCAGAUCAGGGGGUUACAAUUCAGUGUCAAGGGUUACAAGUGACCAGCUUGUAAGUCUUCAAGAGAGUACAAGUACGGCAUCACAUGAUCGACUAGGUUCGCAUAACCGCCAGGAUAGCGUAUCGGACAAGCCAGUGGUCAGUCCGGAUCAGACGCUGCCAGACACAUCUGAAAUUACGCCAAUCACACCGGACGUUCCUGAGGUGACAAUUACUUCGACGCCGCGAUCACUGAGCUGUGAGAGGGAGCCCUCAUAUCAACAGCAUGUACGGACGCGACCGGACACGAUCGAGGUAAACCAUGCUACCCAGACGGACACACCAGAACCAUCUAUCGAAGCGGCAACGACCCAUGAUGAUGAUAAUAAUGCCCCCAAGCAGAUUGAAAAUGACACGCAGCCUGAAUACGAUCGCAGCACGCAUUCGUACGAACCUUUGCCAGCAGUUCAUUUACAACAAGUGGAAAACUCCGAAGAAAACCCACCAUUGCAUCCCCAUCAGCAUGCAAUGAAACGGCCACCGCCACCCCCGAUACCGCCACACCCCCCAGCCAGCAUCGUUCAAAGAAAUAACCAGAGCAACGGCAGAAAGCAAAUGGCUACGAUCCAUACAGUAAAAGCGGUUACGACCUCGGCAGCAACUGCAGAAGUCGGGGUAACAACCCCAGUUAGUAUCACAAGUAGCGCAAUGAUCCAUGUGACUUCAGUGACAACGUUUCGAAAACAGCCCAAUUCGGUGGCUCCUGUGAGCCAUCCUCCCGUUCCUAUCAAGCAUCACCGACGCGCCUCACAAGGUCUCCUCCCACAACUGACUCACGUUGACCAGCUACUCAUCAAGCAGCGGCUGCCCGUAGCCGAACUACGGCGAAAUUCCGAUUUCAAUAACAAGUACACACUGCGAACAAUACUUGGCCAGGAUGUAUUUCGUGCUGAGGAAGCGACGACGUUAUGCGCUAGAGAUUGUUGUGGACCUGAUCGUGCCUUCCACAUGAACAUUGUAGAUCUUCAUGGGCGUCCUGUAAUAGCGCUCGAACGUCCGCCAUGGCUCAACGUUUGCUGCUGCUGCCCCUUACUUCCUGUCUGCCAGCAGGAAACGCGAAUUGAGGCACCUCCCGGCUCUGUAAUCGGUGUCAUUCGCGAGGAGCAGACGUGGUUUGGAGUCUCGCCUCGUUUCGCCGUUAACGACCUCGACGGAAAGUUGCUCUACGAAAUUCAAGGCCCGACGUGUCCACGCGUGGCGUGCUUUCUUGACGGCGAUAUCGACUUCACGAUAACGGACCCAACUGGUAUGGAAGUGGGACGGGUUAGUAAAGAAUGGGAUAACCUACCCAAGGAGCUAUUGGCCACAUCGGACAACUUCGGAGUCGCCUUUCCCGAGGAUAUUCCAGCAACUCAUAAAGCUCUUCUUAUCGGUGUCGCCUUUAUUCUCGAUUUCGUCUACUAUGAGCGGGAACGUGAAAAAUACUCGCGUACAGGACUCGCGCAGCAGAUUCCCUCGGUCGCCAACUCGAGGAGAUCCUCGUCCCAGCAUUCGGACACAAGUAAUGAGGUCAAUGAAAACUUCCCGGCGUGGGGUGGCGGGAUUGAGACACACUCGCGAGACGAAAGCGGCGGAGGAGACUAGCGCCAGGCGUCUUCAUCUGCGCUUCUUUUUUCCGGAACGCGGAAGUCCUCAAGAGUGCGAGGAAAAACCCGUCCGCUUCUCGCAGGCCUACUAAAAGGACAAGUCGGGCCAUGACUACCAGCUGCGCCUGAACGGGACGAAACGUUGGUCGGACAUUCGACCGACGCGAGUAGGGCGAGUGUCACCGGAUGGCUAGCUAACAAAUAGCCGCCGAAGGCUAACGUAACGGGAAAAGUACCACGAAAGUCUGGUCAGUCGGACCGCUCGGGCGGAUCGAGAGUGGCCUGAGCUCGCUAGGGGAGGGGUUAUCGAGAGCCCUAUGAGACCCUUCUUUCAUGUCCACCUCCUCACAGGGUGGCGCCGUUGCCGAUGCUUGUUUUCUUUUGGUAUGUACAAACACCGCCUCGCAUCACACCAACGGUGCCGAACGUGGUAGCCGGAACAGUGUCGACUGAGGUGGCGGAGAAACGAUGGUUACAAGCAUACGUCACGCAAUGGUGAUACAAGAAAAUGGUAUAGAAUAGCAGCCGAAAAAGAAGAAAAUAACGAGCAAACGCCAACAUAUGGACGCGUAAACGUAGGCAGACGGCAAUGCCGACUUUAAAUAGAUCGCAAAUUAGAAUAAUAGCCACAACACGAACGCCGAAUAAGCUGAAAUUAACUGCUAUGAACAAUAUGCAAAGCGAGUAAAAACAGGCCAACGCGAUUCUCGUUGGUGCUGCUUGAACGGCGACGAUGAAUCAGUGGAAUUCGAAGGUACGUAAAUACCAGAUGACCACUAUAUGAAACUAACGGCGUCUUAUUUGAUAGAAAGAAUAUAUAUACUACCACAAAACGACAAUGCUAGUAAUAAUUACGGUGAUCAAAAGAUCAUUAAUAAUUAUUUGAAUAAAAUCACAGAAGAACAUGCCUUUUCUAAAUUGCGCUCUUAGUAAAGGAAACAUAGGUGUCUAUACAUGGCAGUGUUACAUGGGGGUAGACACAUCGGUAUCAGUGCUGAGGUAAUGGACUGGAGCUGGAAGAAUCAACUAGAUGAAGAUGAAGGUGACAAAGCGACGACUUUCAGUGAAGUCAGGGAACGUGGAACAGGGUGCGUGAGAAAUAUUCUCGAAGACGAGGUUAUACCCAUAUGUUGUUAAUUUAUUACAUAUGCAUAGAUAUGAAAAUAUUGAUAUCUUAUACAUUCCAAAUAGAUGAACAGACUGACGAGUCGAUAGUUAGCGCCAAUUUGAAUCUAAUAUUCGUAUCCGGAAAAAGUAUACAAUGCAGGAUGAAAAACCGGUGUAGCAUAUAAAUGGUAGAAACUUUGGAUGGCAUGGGUAUAUAUAUAUAUAUUUAUGGGGUAUUCGAGAUCAAUUGAGAUAGGACUAGCAGUGACAAAACAUCAAAAACUCAUUUUGAUGAAGGCAAAGCAUCCAUAUCUGGAAAAAAAAAUAAAAAUUAGUUUAAUGGUUACCGCAUUUUAUGCAAGUGAACCCCCCGAAAUCGUGAGCUUGUGAAAUUGAGUUUUCAGUCGACCCUAUCGAGGAUCCUCCGGUUUGCUUCUUGAAAAUCUCCGGAUCUUCAAAAGCCGUGAAGAGACUCAAUAAUUUAGCCUAUCAAUUUUGGGUAGAAAAAGGGAGUUUUUAAACUAUAGAAUUUUAAAGUAGACGUUCGCCGGAAAAAUCGGAUAAUAACUGAUCUUCGCUGUAAUUCCAAAAGCAAGAGACUAUUUUGCCAUAAUCAGUUUGUUGUUUUGUUCUAAAAAGAACUGGCCUUCUGGUGCCAAGAAGAGCAGAUGAUUACACGACCAGAAUAACAAACAACCCGUCGAAGUUUUUUAAAUUAAGAUGCCCCAGCAUGUAUGUAUAUAUACAUACAUACAUAGCUGCCAAGGUUAGGGCUGAGUUUUGAUAGCAAACAGCCGGGUUGCUCAUAUAGGACGAAACGGAGUCCACGCGAAGAUCGAUAUAUUGCAGAACUAACAAAGCCAUUAUGUACUAGAGAGGUAGCUGUUCAGAUAAACAUAACUGAACUAACACACUAAGGACAAAAUCAACGCUAGCUAAAUUAGCUAUCUCAAAAUUAAGCGAAAACGUAUAUCAGAAAGAAACCGCUAAGAGCCGAAAGGUGGAGUAAAAGAUCGAAAACGGCGACGUGGUCCCUUUGCGUUUAUGUCCUACAACCGCCAUGGUACGUAUUUAAUCACACACAAAGAGCAGCGAUCAUGAUUAGAACAGCAAAAUUAUAAGCCUUAUUACAAUUCGGGUAUUAAUUUCGCUUUUAAUUAAUUAUCUGUUUAGGAACGUGCCCGUCUAGUCACAACGAUUCGAGCUCAUCAACGUAUAUAUUACUCGGGUUAUUAAGCAGGAAAUAUGUUCCUUACGGGUAUGAAUCUCGUUUCAAAUGUAUUUCCUUUUGACUGCUGCUUUGUGAAUGCUACCUUCACGUGCUCUUAAGCAGAUACCAUAUGGUCGCAAUACAUAUGACAACCAUAAUAAUAAAAUUUAAUAUCGUUCCGUUAUCACAACGUCUUUGGUGAAAACGUCAACACCCCUUAGACAAUUGAGAAAGGAGCUGUGCCUAACAAAUAAUACUAAGGGAUAUUCCCAUCAAUCAAUCAAUCCUGAGACACCCGUGCAGUGGGGAAUGAAGGUAAACGAAUAAACACAACAAUGUUGUGCUCGACAGAAUUCGAGGCACGAGGGCACCAACCCAACGUGUUCGGCGGAAACCACGAAACGCUAACUUACCCAAGUGCAAACUAUAUCUGCCCUUAUUAAUCAACCCCCUUUUCCCUCUCGUUUAGUGAAAAUGAUAAGUAGGAAAAGUGUUGAAACGAUAAUCGUUUAGCACUGCGUUGCAAUUUAAUGAAUAAUCAGCUAUCCUUAUUAAAUUACCCUUAUUAUAAGUAUAUUUGUAUUAUCAGUAAUUAGACAUACUCAAACGCAUAUUAACUAUUACCAUCAAUGGAUGCCUAUAGUUACCUAUUAGUUCAUUUACUCCACGCUAAAAUAUUACAGCGUAUGAUAAUGUUGCAAAAAGAAGCUCCAAUCUUCGUUGAUAUGAUUAAGCUAUAGCGGAUGGUCGGUCAGUCCUAGUGUGGACCAUGGAUAGGCAUUAGAGCCUGAGUAUUAUUUAUUAGUCCAAAAUGGUCCGUUCAGGUACAGCUUGCUCGCCUUAUACAUUACGAUUGAUAAUUAGGACACCUGUAAUGACUAUAAUAACACUUAGCUUAGCCUCGACAUCAUUACUAACAACAUUACCAAUAAUCACGGACAAUGCAUAUACUAGAGUAUAUAAUGACCAAAGUACGUAGAGCACGCAGAUAUGUGCACUGACAUACUCUCGGCUCUAUGGAACGUCGAUAUCUUUUAGCCGCUUCAGACGGAACUAGUUUUUCCGGGCGGACUUCCUUUCCGAAUUCAAGUUGGCUUUUGGCCGGCAUUUCCGCGACGCAGGUGGGUCGAAUUGAUCGGCUUGAUUGAUCCUCACGAUGCAACAAAAGAGCCAACGCGAUUCGGCGUUGACCGUUGACAAAACAGACUAGAGAUCGGCUGAGGCUUGAUGAGAACCGACAUUGGAUAGAGCGAACUAAAAAGUGAACGUCGUCUUCGGAAGGACAAAUAUCACUAGCGCCUAUAAAUUGACUGUCAAGAUAGGCGGACAUAAUCAAAACAUAGGAAGGAUAAGUGUAUGUAUAAUGACGCCUAAUGUUCAUAGCGUAAACGAGAACAAUUGACUGACUGGUUAUCAUAAUUAAUAAAGCAUGAGAGAAAGGAGAGAACGGAAGAAGAUUGAUAAGGAUAGUUGAUGGCGACAAUGAUGUACGAAAAACAAAGGAUCGCGCAGAAGGAUAUAUCAUGCACAAAUAUUAGAUAAUGAUACGGGACAUACGCUCCUUGAAGAAGUGUUAUAAUAACAUACUCACAAACAAUAAACAAUGACCGAAUAAAUAAACCUUCUACGAACACGUAUAUGUUACUAUUAAAUCUAUUUAUGGCACAGAAUCGAAGAAUUAGGUUUCUGGCUAACUACGUUCAUGGCUGCUCUCAUAAUUUUGAUGGAACAAUGCUGCUACGUGACAUGACAACAGUCAUCAUUCAGUUGUAGAGUAUCGAGCAUUAACGUCCGUUAUGUACAGAGCGUGCCUUACAAUAGCGAUGUCCAAGAUGACUUCGGAUUGAACUGGACCGAAGUUCCUCACAUUGAUUACUCUGUGGUACUCGACCGCCUGGCC